CCGCCCGCCACUCUUUCAACCUCUCGUCUUCCAACACUUUCUCACCUCAUCCCACCCACCGCCCUCCUCUCGCACACCGGACCUCCCACUACCGCGAGCGACGCCGUUCCCGCCAUUGUUGCCGAUGAACCUGUUCAUGGCAACAUGGUGUCUGGACACCCACCCGGUUCGCACGCCCAAGUGCGAGUCCGCCAUUUGCUUUUCCUGUCGCUCCUCCUCCCCGUAGCGGCUGCCCUGCAGAAGCAGCCCGAACACUACCACUCCUCUCACCACUCCGCCGCCGCCCUCCAGGAUGGCGACAUCGCCGAUGCCGCUCCCGCCGUGGACGAGCACUGGCAGCACACUGUCGGCAGGCAGCUGCACCAAGAGGUCUCGGUGAAGCACAAAGCCCAGAAGAACACCAACGUCGACGCCGACGACGACGACGACAACACCCACAACGAAAAACACAAGAAAGCGCGGAUCUCCCAGGUCCACCAGCGCGCCCUUGCGACUGUGUCUCCAGCCGAAUCGAACCACGACGCGGCUGUUCGAGCACCUCCUGCACAAUGGUCGACGGCUGCCUCCAGCGCCGGUCUGGCCUCGCGACAACCGGCGCGAUCACUGCAGGAUUGGCAAGUCGAGGAUCUCAUGCUCCUGGCGACUGUGGAUGGGAAGCUCUACGCACGCGACCGCGGCACCGGUGCCCCACGAUGGCAGCUGGAAGCUGACGGAGAGAUGGUGCAAGUCAUCAGGCACCCUCACAACAAGACGUACAACGCUCUUGGACAAGAGGUCGUCGAACCUCGAUUCGUCAUUGAGCCGAGCCAGGAUGGCGCUCUGUAUGUUCUGCAACCGCAUUACGGGCUGCAGAGGCUUCCGUAUACCGUGAAGGAGCUUUCUGAAGCCGCGCCCUUCGAGGAGACGGGACAUCUCGGCGUCACAUAUACUGCCGAGAAGAAGAAUACCCUAUACCACAUCGACGCACGAACCGGCAACGUGCUCAAGACCUUUCAACCGGGAGGCUCAUUCGUGAACAAGGAUCAGAGUUGCCGCAGAGUUAGCCCACUGGACGACGUCCUUGGUGAUAGCGAGUGUGAGACACAGGGAACCAUUGUGCUUGGACGCACCGAGUACACGAUUGGCAUCCAGAAUAGAGCCACGGGAGAGCCUGUCGAAACUAUCAAAUACUUCGAGUGGACAGGCAACACCCGUGAUAACGACCUACGCAACACGUACGACAAGACGAUGGACGAGAAAUAUGUCUACUCCUCGUGGAAUGGACGCAUCAACGGCAUCGACACGAGCUCUGCCAAUCCAUACAGAAAGCCGGACUUUACUCAGGUCUUCGCUUCACCAGUGGUCAGAGUUUUCGACAUCAUCCGACCGAAAUCAGAUCCCUCGGGCGAUGCUUCACUAGCUGUGCUACCACAGCCAAUACCGCCGGCUGCCAACGCGUUUGCCGGACUGGAGGACGAAGAGGAUUACGAUCCGGUCUAUGUCAACCGCACUCGUUCUGGCAGUUGGUUCGCCCUUUCCGAAAAGCAGUACCCAUCUGUCACAUACCGAGCACCCGUGGUACCCAGCAUUGAAUACGAGGGACGCUGGAGGAAAGAAGAUUUCGCCGGCGUGUACAACCUCCCGCAGGAAGGAUACUCGGGUGGACAGCUGCUCGACGGAAACCAGGUGCCAUUGAUUGAUGCUGCACCAGCAGUCGAAUCCAGAGCAGCCUCGCCGGGAGCAAUGGACACGCCGUUGUCGUCGCCCAAGAAGAGCUCGUUCGAUCUGACCUUGCUCACUGGCCUAGUGCUUGGCUUCGUUAUUGCCAUCUGCACGACUGGCGGUGUUGCUCUGUACAAAUGGCCAGAGACCCGAACAUUGUUACUCCCACAGAAGCCGACCAUGCAGAUGCCGGUCGCCGACGCUCUCACUGUGCCACCUGAGGAGCAACCAGCCAUACGUGAGAACGAGCCUGCAGAAGAAAUGGCUUUCGCUCAGCCACCGAAUGCCGAAAAGGAACCAGUGACUGCCAAGGUGCACUUUGACUUGCCUACCGAGAAACCGGAGACGCUCGAGAGGGCAGAAUCGAACGAAGCAGACGCUGAUGAGGAGGGCAAGGAGAGUGAGGAAAAAGAAGGCGAGACCAAGCCUCAGAAGAAGAAGGCCACACGUGGCAGACGAGGUGGCCGCAAACAAAAGGAGAAAGAACAAGCCCGAGAGGCAGCUCGAGAAGCCAAGAGAACGGACUCGCCUUUGCAGAGUCCUGCAGCUGUCAAGAUCGUUAGCGUUGCCAAGUCUGAAAGUGCAGACAUGUCAGGCCCGAUGAGUAUCAACAACCUGACCAUUUACACCGACAAGGAGAUUGGCCGAGGCAGUGGAGGUACCAUCGUCUAUCAAGGUUCUUGGGAGAACCGCGAUGUCGCCGUCAAGCGCAUGCUGUCUCAGUACUACGAGCUCGCUGCGUCUGAAGUCAACUUCCUGCAGCAGAGUGACGAUCAUCCCAACGUGGUGCGUUACUUUUGCCGGCAAAGAGACGACCAUUUCCUAUAUAUUGCUGUUGAAUUAUGCCAGGCAAGCUUAUUCGAUGUGUGGGAGCCAGAGAAAGCCAAGACAGAAGAGUUGCGAGCAGAACGGCGGAAGCUCAAGCUCGCGAUUCAGCAAGACAUGAACAGGACACUGCAACAGCUCGCAGCUGGCCUGCAUCAUCUACACAAGCUCCGCAUCAUACAUCGCGACAUCAAGCCCCAGAACAUUCUCGUUGCGUACCCGAAGAAGACUCAGCCACCGGGUACAACUCGCUUGGUUAUCUCAGAUUUUGGUCUUGGUAAGAACUUGCCAGAAAACAUGAGCACGCUCAUUGAUCCUACGGGCAACGUCGGAACAUCAGGCUGGAAGGCUCCAGAGCUCAUCACACAGCCUGGCGAGAAGACGGACAGCACACACAGCAGAGGAGCGUCUGGCAGUGAUAGUGCCAACCCAAGUGCGAAUGUUCCUGGUGUCAGCAGUGUGAAGCGUGCCGCCGACAUCUUUUCCCUUGGUUGCCUCUUCUUCUGGGUCCUGACUGACGGCGUGCAUCCUUACGAGGACGAGACGGGUUGGCAAGGUCUGCGUGAGAAGAAUAUUAAGUGUGACAAAAAGAACAUGGAGCCUUUGGAACGCUGGUCGGACGCUUACGAGCCAUUCCAAUUGAUCACGAGCAUGUUGUCACCCCAACCCGAGAAGCGACCAUCUGCUCAAGAAGUCUUGAACCAUCCUUACUUUUGGUCACCUGAGCGAAGGCUGGCGUUCUUGUGCGACUGCUCUGAUCACUUCGAACGUGAAGAGCGGGGAACAUGGGAAGACAACUACGCUGGGGAUUCCUACAACCUGCGCUUGCUGGAGAGCAAGGCUGAGGAAGUCAUUGGCAGGCAGAUGGACUUCUUGGCAAAGCUCGACGGCUUCUUCGUGCAGACGCUGGGCAAGCAACGCAAAUACACCGGCAGUCGAUUCUUGGAUCUCCUUCGUGCACUGCGGAACAAGAAGAACCACUAUGAGGACAUGCCAGAGGAUGUCAAGAAGCGCAUAGGUCCCUUGGAUGGCGGAUAUUUGAGUUACUGGUGCAAUCGAUUUCCGCGACUUCUCAUGGCUUGUCACGAGGUCAUUCAGGAAGCUGGACUGCAUGAUAGUGAUCGGUUCAAGAAGUACUUUGGGCUGGGAAGUGAUUGAGUAGGUCCGUAGUGUGGUCAAUUUGUUCUUUUGGCUCAUCA